AUGUCCUCAAAGAUCAAGACUCCAUUUGGACACCUUACGAGAAGCUUCUCUAAAAUGUUAUCGUCAUUAUACUCGCCUAUUGUACCAAUUUCAUUAGUGGUUGUUCCUUUUUCCGUUAAUUAUAUGGGUGUAUUUUUAUUCAACUGGCCUUUCCACAAUUCAAUUGAAAAGUACAAGUUCGAGUGUCUAACACGAAGAGUUAAUGCGCCAGCACCUGAACCUACACCAAUAGAGGAACAGUUUUCACCUCCAACUAGAUAUGUGAACUGA